AUUAGUUGAUAGCAAGAUGAAAUCAUCAUUCUUAGUGUGUAUCAUUCUGGCGACGGUAUUCAUUCUGAACGUUUCCGGCAAUAGCAAUAGCAGCUCCUCUGAGGAUGAGUUGGACUCCCCAGUUGGUGUCGUCCUGACCCGUUCCAAAACCACGUCCCGCAAAUCCCAGACCUGCCGGCGAAGUGUCCAGAAGAAUUGCUCCUCCUCCACGAAGACCUGCGCUCGCCUGGGAAGAGCCAACAUUUGCCAGGCUUUCAAGAACGACUGUGACCGCCAACUGAGCAACUGUGGCGCCAAAAAAUUCUAUCGCAAGGUUAGCCUGGUCCUCUGUCGUGGCUUGCCCAUCGAUGUCCUGCGACCCUGCGGAAGUGGGCAAUCCAUUGCCAAAGGGCCUUAGAAGAACUUGAACAAAACUGUUAACUA